AGAGAAGAGCAAAACAUUUGUCAAAGUUGUCAAAUGAACAGAAGUUGACGGUGCGGAGUUUCUGCAAUAUUAGAACAUUUUUAGCCACCGCAGGGGAGCAAUUGCAACAUUUUCCAGUGGAUACCGAUUCCCACCAAUGAUAGGCAUCGCGCGAAUACGACAAUAGCGACCAGUGUCGAGCAUUCGAGCCAAGUUUCGUGCAUGUAGCCAAAGUUCUCGUUCGGGUUGUGUAGUCAAUUGUGUAGUAUUUCCUCGUGUAAGUGCUAAGCAAUUGCGUCGUAAAUAUCGAAAAUGGGUGAUAAUUACAUUACAACGCUUAAGAUUUUGAUCAUCGGCGAGAGUGGCGUCGGGAAAUCAAGUCUCAUGCUUCGAUUCACAAAUGACGAAUUCGACUCGGAGCAGGCUCUAACAAUCGGGGUAGAUUUCAAAUCGAAAAUUAUCGAGAUUGACAACAAUUGUGCAAAGUUAGCAAUUUGGGACACUGCCGGCCAGGAGCGUUUUCGCACUUUAACACCCAGUUAUUAUCGCGACGCACAGGGCGCAAUACUUGUUUAUGAUGUAAAUAAGCGAAGUACAUUUCAAAAGUUGGACUCAUGGCUACACGAGCUGGAAAUCUACGGCACUCGACCCAAUAUGGUUAAAAUGGUUGUAGGCAAUAAGAUCGAUGUACAAAGUCGCGAAGUAAGUCGAGAGGAAGGUUUUAAAUUUGCAAAACGACAUAGGACGCUGUUUUUGGAAACGUCGGCGAAGACGAGUGAAGGCGUUAAGGAAGCAUUCGAGGAAGUAGUUAGAAAGAUUCUCGAAACCGAUUCAUUAUGGGAGCCACGGUAUCCUGAAGGCGUCGACCUCCAAUCAACCGGUUCAAAUGCAUCAACAUGCAAUUGUUAGGGGCAUUCCCAGCAUUUUCUAUAAACAAAAUUUUCACAUAGGAUCGAUGAUAUUAUACAAAACUAGGGAUGAAAACAAAACAAAAAAAAACUUUUUAACAACAAAGGGAAAACCACAAAAAACACGUUCACUAUUUUCUAAACUCUAAUAAUUUAUAUUUGCUAUUAGUAAGUAAAUGGAAGAAUCUUUUGUUUCCCACGAUUAUCAUUCUACGUGUUCUAUGUAAUUGUUUUGAUUGUUAUGUAUAGGCGAAUUAUGUGACAUGCAUAUAUCUAUAGUUAACGGAGAAUGAUGGAAUACUUAAUAGUGAAAAUAUACGUGCGCGUAUGAGAAAAGAAAAACAACAAAACAACUAUGUAUGGUAAAGUACUGUGUAACCAAAAAUAAAUGUAAUUAUACUUUUCUUAUAUAAACAAAA